ACGAGUGUUGAUUUAUCAACCGAAAAACAAUAUGUGAUAUUUGUAAGACAUAAAUAAUCACGCAUGUUACGUGAUCGUAGUGUUCUAACAACAGAAUUUAAGAUUUAUUUACUAAUUUAUUAAGAGGCUGAGGCAGAACCCGAAAUCGGGUGCAGUCAGAAAACUUGUGUAAUGACUUCGCUGAUUACAGAUCAUUAUGUUGAUCAAUUACUGCAUUAGCUCGCGAGUCGUGACUUUUGUCUGUGAAAAAAAAAAUAUAUAUGCUGUGAAAUAAAUAAAUAUAUAUGCUUUUACUGUAAAAAUCUCAAAACUACCAUAGCCAUAGGCCCAUGAUAGGGUUUUAAAGUUCAAUCAUUUUAAUUUUUAUUUAAAAAAAAAAAAAAAUUCUUCACAAGUUCAGUAACUGCUGUGGAGCAGGAUGUAUCUUUAUUUGGAUGUUAGUGUAAAGCUGAGUCACAUGCAUGUGAGUGAUUUAAUUAAGUGAAGUGACUGACCAGACGCCAGGAUGAAUCCCCUGAAUCGAUCGAAUGAUGCCAAAGACUACCACGUGCUGGCCAAUUUGUGUCGGCUGCUUCAAAAAAGUGGAGACAAAAUUCUGAAUGGAGAAAGUAAACUGGCAAUCACGACGGAAUGCCUGGUAAUGCUUAACGCCGUAUUUCGCAGACACAGUGAUGGCGACGAAAUGGAACCGAAAUCGGUGCCGGGAACACAGCAGCAGCAGAAUGCGAACAGCUGCAAAAAAGAUGUGCAGUUUCUACAACACUUCAUUUCAAAAACUCCAGGACUCAAGAUCAUGCACACAUCGGCUACCCUCCUCGGUGGAAUUCACAUUCACAGAUUUGGAGCUCUUCGUGUUUUGGAGAUGAAGAAAGUGCCCGUCCACCUGGUGGAAGGUCUCCAGAAACUGAGGGGACAACUCUGCUCGGUUACAGUCUCCAGGAGUUUGCAGCACUUACAGGAUUUCUUUGAGCUGUGCGGUGGAGAUAUGAGUUCUCCAAUGUCAUGGCCAGAACUAAAAUCUGUGUAUUUAAGUUUUAACGGAAUUGAGAUGCUCGAUGGAUCUUUGCGGUUAUUACCAUUGCUACAAGUGUUAGAUCUGAGUCACAACAAUCUGCAAACCACAGAAAACUAUCUGGAAUAUUUAACAGAAUUACAGAGAUUAAACCUGGGAUUCAACAAUCUAGGUGCCAUUCCGUCCUUCUCACUGUCAGCAAAAGCCAAACUGAAAACCCUCGUACUUAGAAACAACAAUCUCGAUAACAUACAAGGUGUAGAAGAAAUACCUCUGCUGGAAGAUUUAGACAUAUCCGAAAACUGUCUGGCUGAUCAUGCUAAUCUACAACCACUGAUGAACCUUAACCGAUUGAGAAGAUUGAGCACCAUUGGUAACCCUAUUUACCAACACAGAGACCAUCGCAUUCUGACAUUGUGUUGUACCUCACCUGUCGCACUCCAGAAGCAGUUUGAACUGGAUGGAAAGUCUUCAAGUUCUUCUGAAGUGAAAACUGCUUUCAUCCGAAUUAAACAUCAGUCUCUGUCCGUAUCCCGACGACCGUCGUCAAUCGCCCACAAUGCAAUAGUGCACCACACUGAAGACAGACAGCCUCCAUUAACUAGCGGAAUAUCUUCAGAGUACUCGUUCUACGACUCGGACAGUAUCGCCACCUCACUUCCUGUCGGGUUGAGCGUACAUCGUAAAGGGAAGAAACGCUCCCGACUCAAACCUACCGACUUGGAUUCCUCGUUCAAUGAUGAAGUGUCAUCUAAAGAAAACUCGCGGGCUUCAUCACCGACAAAGGGAAACAGUAUUGCCCAUAAUGAGAUUAUGAAAACACAACAGGAAGUGGAAGUGCUCCGCGAUCACUAUGGACCUAACUGGCUACACGCGAUGGGUGACAAAUUUCAGGACUCUACACAGAGUGACGCUUCAAACAGCGAUGCCGAUAGUGGCAUACACUUCAACACAAAAACCCCAGAAAAAUCCAUCCGGACCAAUAAAAACGGAGUCAUUAAUAAACAGACCAAUCAGAACGAGCCGUCUGAAGACGACCUUUAUUUAAAGGAAACAUUCACCAGUAUCAAUAUUUGUGAAAAAUAUAAUUCGGUUGGCAGUGGUGUGUUAAAAUCGGGGAGGAAGAUACAAGAAGAAGAUGAUGCAGAUUCAAAAUGUGUGUUAGAUAGAAGUGAUGAAAAUGACGUAACCGUGUCAAAAGAUUCGCAGGUGGAUGCUGGAUCUGGAAUAGACUGGAAACAAACAAGAGUAGAGGAAGAAAGCGGAAAUGUCUAUGGUGAGGAAAGUGAACCGUUCAUCGUUCUUCUUGUUCACAAAAACUACGAACAGCUGAUCGUGACGACAAACGAGAGAUUUCUCGUCGAGAAGGAUCUGAACGGCUUGGUCGUCGAGCAGCUUGACCUGAGGUCGUUGCUAGGCAUUGAGAGAUGGGAGGAUGCUGUACACCACAACCUCGUGGAUGGGGAUGACAUCGUCAUGGCUCACAUCCGGCUGACAUUCGACUAUGUGCGCAGAGACCGCAGGGAGAGGUUGUACGUUAUGGAGGAUGAUGAUAAUGCGCAACAAUUUGAGGAUUUGCUUCAUCCUUUUUUGGAGGAAAGAGAAGUCAGGUCACUUCCAAUAGUUAUUUUCCAGUGUCUUAAAUGUUCGCAUCACUUCACCAAAAAGGAGGCAAAGAAGGCAACAGAUUGUCUGAAGAUGCCAUCAUCGGGGAGCAGUUUAGAUUUGGAGAACUUGAAGAAUUUAGCCAGCAUACGUUACCUGUGCCCGAAAUGUAACACCAACAAGGUCAUUGAAGUGGAGAGGUCACCCGGGUCACAGCCAUCAUCGUCUACGUCAACACCCGUGGGAUCGUAUUCUUCAGGCAGCCACUUCGCAAGCGGAGCAGAUCUCCUCAAGAAACUGAGUCCAGCCAAAGUGCGGACGCCUAGCUUAGACUCUCAAGGUAUGCUGCGGAGCCCACUUGCUAAAUCGACCCCUCAGAAGCAGAACGGAAAUAUUUCUGACAGCGAAAUAAUACGAACGGGACAAGUGAACAAAAAUCUGGCAAAGGACUUUCCCCCUGAUAACAGUAACAGGCCGAGGAGCAAUGCGUUUACCACAACACAGACCCAAUCAGACACUCACGAUUCUCAGUUCUGCGUGUCCGAUGUCAAGAUGAUAAUUCCGCGUGAAAAGUCCGCCUCGGAGCUACAGGAGGCGGUGAAGAAAGACCAGCGAGUUCGCAUCGCUUCGGUCGACAGUGACAUCACCGUCCUGACCAACCCGAGCGAGUGCAGUAUUUCUGUCAUCUCGGAGACGAGUUCCGACAAUGACAACACAAAGACGUCGUCAGCCGUUACGUUCGAUUCCUUCGAUGCGGAAAUGCCGACGCUUGUAAACUCUGUCGCGGGCGAUUCGUCUCGCAACAAGGAGGUGGUAACUCCGCUGGGCUCUCCUCUGUCGAACAGUAUCUGCAGCAGUAUGGUGUCGAGUGUGUACCAGAACAGCGUGAUAGCGGGAGAUGAAAUCUCCACGGAGACGGAGUUGCUCGUCAAUAAAUCGUCCAGUGACGAUCUCACCGUUUACGAGGUUGACACUGCAGGUCAAGGUCGUAAAAGUAUUUAUGAUCCCGUUCAGUGUUCGAACAACGUGGAACAAGUGUGUGACCCUGUUUCUCAAAAAGACACUACGGAUUCGUUUAACGAGAAUUCAAAGGAAGAGGAGGAGAGUUUCCCAGGGGAAGAUAACUCUGAUGAAGUAGUCACAAGAAGUCGCUCUGCGGCCAUCUUGGAACAGCCCUUCACAGAUAUUGAUCACAGACUGAAACUUCAUCUGAUGAUGACCUUGUUUGAAGACACUGAGGACUUUGAGUGUAUUUUUCGGUCGGAUAUUGUUCAGUAUCUUAUAGAAGAGGAGUUUAGUGGAAUCUUCAUAAUGACAUCGGCAAAAUUCUACAUUCUCCGAGUUGCACAAGACGCCUCGAGUGAAAACCCAGCCGAUUGGCUGAAGACUGUGGACAUUCAGCCAGUGCCUGAACUGCGCUACAUUGACAUGGGUCUGGGAUGUCAGAGUUUCCGUCUCGAGUUCCGCACCGAAUGUUCGUGUUACAAUUUUAUUGUCAGAGAUGAAAGCAGGUGUAAAAAGUUUGUCGAUUUUCUGGAAGGUAUUAUUCAGCAGAAUCCUCUGAACCAGCUGUACGAGCGACUGGACGUGAAGAUCCACAAAGACGCGAGCCCGAACUCACUCGACUUGCUGCGGAAAGAGGUGCUCAGGCAGACGGACGACGACGGCGGGCCCACUGUUCUAGUCCGAUACGUGAUGGGCUAUCUCGUCAGAGGUCACAAUCUGCAGUAUCCGAUUAGCUUUGUGAUAUCGAGUACGGAGAUCUGCCUGGUGAGGGAGAACCAUCAAUGGCCACAGCCUCGACUCCAGUCCCCGCUCUCACAGUCUGAUGUGGGCAAACCUUUCACCGUGCUAGAGAGACAGGCCAUCAACAACAUCGCCACAGUCGAGAUUUCCACAGAGGAGAAGACAAGAAUGCGAAUCACAUUCUUUAACGAGAAAUCGGGCGAUGAAACGUGUUGGCAGAUCACCAUGGAAUCCUCAAACGGAACCCAGGCACUGGUUGACGCAAUCAGAGAACCAUGGGAGACAGCAUUCGGUGUCGACCUUGAUGUAGCCAUGGUUACCUUUGAUGAAACCAUGGUUACCUUUGAUGAAUGAUGAUGGCUACCUGUUUCACACAUUCCGCAUUGUACACCAAUAGCUGAUGUAUAUUUUUGUUAUGGGGUGUCGUUUAGACAUUUAUUCACUAAUUCAUUCCGGAUUGUGCCAAAAUCUGAAUUAGGAGCUGUUGAACAAGUGAUCACAUUUGAAAACACAAUUUCUGUAAACGUUUAAGUCUUACACAGUGUGUAUUUCAACCCUCAAUUAUAUAGUGGGUUGAAUACAUUUAAGACUAAUUAUUUUUAAUGGCACGGAAUAGAAAUGAUGUAUUUCACCAUACUGAAGUCAUGGUUUUAUCUGAAUGUUUUUUCAUGUCUGUGACAUUAAUAUUAAUAUCAUUUUUCAUUAAUCAGAAGUAAUCUUUUCAACAGAUCUGGUAAUAUAUGUUGGUGCUUAUUUUUCAAAAGCAUUAACAUAUAGAACUUGUCAUUUUGUUCAUUGAUAUGUACAUAUGUCGUUAUACAAAUUCACAUUUAAGAUAUGACAUUGUAGAUAUAUUACCAAUAUGUACAGGCACGUGUCGUUUUAGUCCCCUACUAGUCCAACCAGAGGGGACUAUAGGUUUCAUCUCUAUCUUUUUGUCCGUCUGUCCCACAUAUAGUUUUCCAGAUAUUUUUUUACAAAGCCUUGAGAUAUUGUCCUGGGCGCCGUUCCAUGAAGUGAUCUUAGCCCUAAGAUUACCUUAAACACACUUACUUAGGGCUAAGAUCGCUUCGUGGAUAGGGGCCCUGAAAUUUUGUGUUUAGCUGUAUUAUGUAAGUUUUAACUUUCACAGCGAUUUACCCAUUUUUUAUAGAGUUAUGGCCCUUGAACUUAGGAGAUAUGAACAUUUAUUUUCUUUACUUUUUUUUUCAGAAGCCCUUGAGAUAUUAACCUUAAAUUUUGUGUAUAUCUUUGUCAUGUACUGUUACAGAUUAAAAGAUUUAGUUUGACUUUCAUGGCAAUUUACCUGUUUUCGAUGAUGUUAUGGCUCUUGAGAUAUAAAAAUUAGUUUUCCAGACUUGAUAUGAAAUUUUGUACAUACCUUUUAUCAUGUAAUGUUACUGAUCAAGUUUAACUUUUAUGGUGAUUUACCCACUUUUCACAGAAGUAUGGCCCUUGAAUGUAGGAGAUACGAAAAACAUUUGAGUUAGUACAGUUGAAAUUGUGUGGUCUUGCCCACUUUUCAGAGUUAUGGCCCUUGAAUGUAGGAGAUAAGAAAAACAUUUGAGUUCAGUACAGUUGAAAUUGUGUGGUCUUGCCCACUUUUCAGAGUUAUGGCCCUUGAAUUUAGGAGAUAAGAAAAACAUUUUGAGUUCGGUACAGUUGAAAUUGUGUGGUCUUGCCCACUUUUCAGAGUUAUGAUCCUUGAAUUUAGGAGAUACGAAAAACAUUUGAGUUAGUACAGUUGAAAUUGUGUGGUCUUGCCCACUUUUCACAGAGUUAUGGCCCUUGAAUUUAGGAGAUGCGAAAAACAUUUUGAGUUCGGUAGGGGACAUGCAUUGCUUUAGCAGUCCUCUCAUAACGCUUGUUAACAGUUCUGUUUAAAAAAAAAAAUUCACAGUUGGGAUAUGACAGUGUAAACAUUAUUAAUAUGAUUGUACAGGUAUAAAUGUCUUUUUAAUAAUUCUGCUUUAAUAUUAAGUGUGGGGAUAUAACAGUAUUAUGUACAUGUAGCAUAUUAUCAAUAUGUACUGGUACAGAUGUCUUUAAUACAGUUCCAUUAAAACAAAUUUAAGAAGUAAUGGUAUAUAUUACAGUGUAAUUAUAUUAUGAAUAUGAUUGGAUAAACAGUUGGUAUUCAGGGCACAAUAUUUCACGAGAAUCGUCGUUCUGUUCGCGUGUCGGUUAUGCAACUUUAAAAUCACGUGAACCGCCAAUCGGUUAUGUGGAGAACAGUUACAUUCUAAAAUUAAAAGUACCAUAUAUUAGUAAUGAAAGUGAAAAUCAGUUUAUGAUUUUAAAUACAUUUGAGCCACCAAUGUAGCACAGAACUGUAGUUCAAGUGUUUUAGGAUUAGGUAGGCCUAACUCGAUCGGUUACGAGAACUAUAUUCACGUAACCAAACUGAACAAUCGGUUACCCAAGUAAAACUUAUGUGAAUUGAUUUCCAGUUACCUAAGAUUUUGAAAUAUUGACCCCUGGUAUUUGACAGUGUAAACAUAUUAUCGAUAUGAUUUUAACAGUUUGUAAAUGACAGUGUAAAUAUAUUAUUGAUAUGAUUGUAACAGUUGAUAUACGACAGUGUAAACAUUAUCGAUGUGAUUGUAACAGUUUGUAUACGACUGUGUAAAAAUUAUCAAUAUGAUUGUAACAGUUUGUAUAUGACAGUGUAAACAUAUCAAUAUGUUCAGCUCAACAUCUUUAACAAUUCUGUUUCUCUAUUUGCAUAAACAGUCGUGUCUUUUUUUUUUUAUUGUUUUGUCUUAAUGCAGUCAAUAGGUGAGAGAUAGGUUUUACUUUUCCGACAACAGCAACAACGGCAGUAUUUGUGUCUGGCUCCAAUAUUUAAUUUUUCGCACUUCUAGUUCCACUUCUCACAGACUGUAAGUCUUAGAUUUAAGAGACUUCAGUUAUGGUAGCAUCUUGUUCAUCAUUAUUGUUCAUCUCGGUGGAUAUUAAUUUUUUUAGUUUUUUGUUAAAUGAUUUACAUUUUGAAAAUAAUUUUCCUCAGUAAUUCUUUUUCUUUUUUUUAAAACUAGACUAUUCCUAAUUGUUAGAUCUUAAAAACAUUGUCACAGAUUAUUUCUUUAUUCAUCAAAUCAGUUUGAAAACAUCGCCACAUAUUAUUUCUGUAUUCACCGAAUCUCUUUGUAUUACGUGAGACAUUUAAUUCUGUGAAAUUCCUGUUUUUAGAUUUAUGUAGAUUAGGUUUCACAUGAACUGGUGCUAAUUAUUACGGACUGUACAGGUGGAUCUUAAUUAUACUAGUUUAGCCAAGAUUAAAUUGUUUUCUCUUUCCAUUUUUUUUUUUUUUUUACUUAUUAUUUUUUAAAAGCUAUUUUGUAGGGUAUUUUUUCACCAUUUUCUAUUAUUUAAAAAAUUUCCUUUAUAGUUCUUUUUCUUAAUUUU